AUGAUGUCUCAAGAUAUGGAUUGGUCGCCACCCUUCUGCCUUGCCUGUGAUAGGCAGACUGGGGGCAAUGCCUACUGCGGAGAGGACUGUCGUCUGGCCGAGUACGGGGGAGCCAACACAGGCUCAGAGGCCAGCUCGCCUCCCUCCCAUCAGGCUUCGAUCUCAUGGCCUUCAAAACCAAGCAACAACUUCUACGGCCCAUCAGGCUACGACGUCACCAAGAGGCCGUCGACCUCGUCGUCUCACCCAAGACCUCAAACUCAGCCCAUCUACACCAGGCCAGUCUUGACCCCCUCGUCGUCCCAAUCUUCUCUCUUCUCGGCGCAGAGCUCCUCGUCGACCUCCUCCGAGCAAGUCCAACUCUCUGACAAAGCCCGUCGCGAACUUCGCGGCUACGCCAGCUCAUUCGAUCAAUCCCGCAAUCACCGCAGGCAGUCCGCAUCAUAA